AUGACAGCGGUUAGAAUUAGCCCAAAUGCUAAAUACAUAGUGACUGUUGGAAAUGAAUUUCACCAAAAGGUUCAUUUUUGGCUGUGGACAUACGGAAAAGAUAAACCUGAUAAGACUGUAGAGAUAACCGAAUUUGAUACGAAUAGAAUAAAAGAAAUAGCAUUCAAUGAAUAUUGUUCGGAAGAGUUUGUUUUAAUUGCCGAUUAUAAUGUCAUAUUUUUUAAAUGGGAACAAGAGGAAUUGAAAUUUUACGUACCACAAAUUUCGAGCAAGCUACGACGAUACGGGACCUUCAAUUGCUCUUGUUUUAUACCUAAAACGCUACGAGUAUUAACAGCUACAACAAAUGGAUAUAUCAUUGUUUGGGAUACUUCUGGUGAGAAAGAUAAAACUAAGAGUUAUGUUGCGAUUAAAAACAAGGAAAGAAAAUACAUCAAGAGUGUUAAGUUGGAGAUAAGUAGUAUUCUGGUGGUAUUGCAUAAGGACGGGAAGAUAGUGACUGGAUCCUUAAAUGGGCGCAUCAAUUUCUACGAUCAAGAUUUAAAAAUACUCUAUUGGUGUGAACAUGAACUUCUGGAUGGUAUACGAUCGAUAAGUUUUGAUUUUUCAUCUUCGUUAUUGGCUCCUGUGGAUAGAAUCAGUGAAACUGAUUGCGCGAUGAUUGUCUAA